AGAGCCUCCAAAAUUCCGAUCACGCAACUCCGUCACUAAACAUGAAACUCUGCAAUACUGCGAUUGCGACUCUUUUAGUCUUCUCCCCGUCGGUUCUCAGCUCCGUGUGUCCUGCACCACAAUGUGACACAUCCACGGGCUAUCUCUGCGGUGUUUGUGAUCCCAAUGAUCCUCAGAUCUGCACUGUUGGAGGCACACAACACACCUGUCAAAAAUCUGUGGAUGGAAACGGCGGCGGGAGCUGUAUCUCAGCUUGUUACUAUCACACUGCUACAGGUGACAGCAUUGGUUACGAAGCUCCGUACACUCAGUGCUGCUAAGCAAGACUUAACAGCCCCUCUGCAAAGAAAGCAUCGACCAUUCGAACAUCCUGACCGUUCCUUUGCUGUGACUCUGCAGUGUCAGAAUCUUCCGAGUGUAGACAGUCACAUAUCAUCUGUAUAUUUUUGCACAUAUAUCGGUCACACCAUACUUUCCGAGCU